ACAGAAACGAAGUCCACAGGCGCAAAAUACGCAACGAGCCGAGAACUGCCGAGUCGCAUUUUUACUACGUAGAAACAGAUCUACAAGUUUUCACACGGACUUCGAAUCUAGAAGUUGGAGAUUAUUUCAGUGAAUUAUUCUAAGGAAUACGUUUAAAACAUCUGUGAAGUCUGUUUUGAGAUAAAUUCAAGAAAAUGAGUAAAAAGAUUUUCAUGUCGCUGGUGAAGUCAGAGAGCGAGCGGGCAAACAGAGUGCCAGUAGUGGUGUCCCAUAACUCGCAAUUAACCGAUGACGAACUGGUGGCCAUGACGGUCAAGGAGCUGAAUCGAAUACUGAAGGGCAUGCCUCGAGAGGAGGUAGUGAAGCUCAAACAGCGGAGACGAACACUUAAGAAUCGUGGUUACGCCGCAAAUUGUCGGGAGAAGAGGUUAUCACAGAAAGAAGAACUAGAGUACGAGAAGGACCAUCUCCGGGCAGAAGUCCACAGAUUGAGGAGGGAAAAUGAAGGCGUCAAAACAGAACUUGGGUCACUCAAGGACAAAUAUGAUGCUCUCCAGAGGUUUGCCGAAGCUAACCGCAUCAAAGUGUUAUCACCCCCGCUCAUGUUCAGUCCCCCUCCUCAUCACCAUCACAUGGACUCCAUGAUGGUGAAGUCAGAACCAUCUCAGGCGUAGCUUCUGCUAUGUUGAACUUGGUUUUCUGUGUGUACGUAAACGUGUUGGAUUUAUUUAUUUGUAAACCUAUGUUUUGAACGUUUGACUUUCUACAUUGUGUAGUGAUAAAUGGUGUCCGUCUGUGUGUAUAUAUGUUAUCAGUGGAGAUAUUCGCUCAGUGUUUGGCAGGACUGGACUGAUACACACAGUGUGUUCAAUAUGCAUGUAACAUUAGAUCGGUAAUGCCGAGGUUUAAUCCUUUGUCAAGUGUCAGGACAGGAAGUGGACAGUUAUCAACACAAACCUUAUAUUAAUCAGAGAAAAAAAUUAGUACUCCAAUCAGCUGGAAAUGUGCACGGGAUUAAAGUUUGGGUAUUACUGACAAGUCAAUGAAAUUCUCGUGCAUCAGUGGUCUGUUUACUUGGCAAAGGUUUACAUUUCUCAAAGUUAACGAAAAAAUGAUCAGAGAUGCUAAAAUAAAAGGCGAACGGUGCUGUAGAGUAGAAGAUUUUUAUACGACAUUAACUGGUCAUAUCAUGAAGCAGAUUUUAUAUUUUGAUACCUAUUGCGUGUUCAUCUUUUAACGAUGGUUGUGUAUUUGAAUGUUUUGAUGUCGAGGGGCGUGGUCAGACAUGGUAAACUUGACCACGCCCAUUCGUCAACAUUUCUAAAACAUCAGACAAUGCAGUUCCAGCUGUUUGUAUCAUAUUUCAUCUCCAUAGGAACACGUUUGUUUGUAAAAAAUGUCACCCACAUCAUUAAUGAUUAGUGUUGAUUUCUUAGGAUUUGUAAAAUGUCGAGACAUGAAAGGGAAAUCCAGUCCAUUUGUCCACAUCGAAUGUCUAUUUUUAUGACAAAAUGUAUAUAUGAUCAUCAUUCCAUCAAACUGUAUUUCCGUAGAUAUGUAUUCUAAUAUGUCGGCUGUUAAUAUGAUAGGUUCAUCAUAACACUUUCAUUUAUAAAACUUGGUAAUCGAUUGUGUUUUUCUGAAAAAAAAGUUUUGAAACCAAAUGCCUGUACAAGUUCGCCAAAAGGUAUUUUUUUAUUUGAAAAUUUUCUCUGGAAACAAUUUAUUUACAUUGGCAACAGUUGAUAUUUGCCAUAGAACACAAUACUUUUUUCUCUGGCAGGAAGCUCUGAAUAGUUCCAUUAUCUUACUGUCUUACAAUUUGCAUAUUCUUGCCAAAAACGAUUAGUACUUGAUGGGAUUGACAUCUGUCCUCCAUACAAAGACAUGUAUUUUGCAUUUUGUUAAUAUCUGAUAUCUAGGUCUGAAUAACUCUGUUACCUGAUGUGUUCUCUUUUAGAAUAUUACUGAAACUGGGCAGAUUCCUGUCAUUGUGGGGCGAUAUUGUAUAGAAAUUGUGUUAAUAACUGCAUGGCAAAAAUGGGCGUGUCCUCAUUGACACACGGGUUUUUACUUUUGCCGGAUAUGAACAUUCCAGUCAAAACAAACGUGUAUGUUGUCAGUAUUGUUUAUCUUAUGGAAAUAGUGUGAAAAUACCUGACAAGAAAGAAAGGUUAUAGACAAGCUUGUUUCAAGAGAAGUUGUAGUGAACCUGAUAGCCCUGUGUCACCACUAUUUCCCAUAUCUGGUUGUUAUAUCUGAUGCCAAAUUUAUGUUGAUUUUUUCUUGGUUUGGUCACUUCGUUAUCGUAAUGAAUUCAUUUCAAGACAUAUACCCCCUUAUCAUUCCUGUCCUGUUUCGUUUGCGUGGGUCUUACGACAAAAAGCCUUUGCUACACAAUGCGCUGCCUAACAGGAUGCCAAAACAUGCAACACAAAUCGCUAACCAGUGUGAAUCAUCAGAGCCUGUGUCUGCCACUGCAGGCUGACGGACAGACUGGGAUUACCCCGGCACUAUGACGAUGUUGGAGAUUACCAAUGACCGUAUCACUAUCUCUAUAGUAGUAUUCCUUCGCUGACGACAGGUCCAUUUAUCUGUUUUCAAACACAUUUAUUAUUGUUUUAAAUUACAUUUUUUGCCGUCCAUUUUUUCAUUACUAUUUAGUUUAUGAUACUAACACAAUUUAGUUACUAACAAACCCCUCGUUAUGUUUCGGGCACAACAUUAAAUUGCAUGUUGGUACAGUUUGAGUUGGAAUGGCGACUGUCUGCUGUAAGCCCAUUGUUGAGCGUGGUGAUAUUGAUUUUGGCGGUGGAUGACGUCAGACUUGUAUGACGGAUGGGAGUGUACAGUGGUUAAAAGGAGAGAACAUCGGAAUGUACUACUACAUACCAUACCUACAAAUAUUUCACGCAUGGUCGCAUACAUGAAUCGUCUGACAGGUAAACUUCUGGGCGUAUACACGGAACAGGUCGGUCUACCGAUACAGCUGAAUCAGCCAUUCCAAAAUAUACAUAAUACAAUCGAGCUUUUGUGACAAAUUUGUCCGCUCAGCGAAAAAAAACAUAAUCUUAACGACGAUAUGGAAACGGUGACAGAUUUAGAUGAGAGAUGACCUCGGUAUGUAAAUGUGAAACAUCACGUUUUUGUAACGGUGGCAUACUGAAUGCAGACUUAGGUCUAGUUCAUCUAAUUGGGAACGAGUAACGAAACAAUCGUGUCACCUGUUUAUCACUUCAUUCGUUUACAUAGUGCUCCAAUUUACCUAGAUUAAUUGAAAAGUUAUAGACGUCUCAGAAAAUAUCUUUUUUGAGUACGGCUUUUUGCUAAUUUGACUGGUCGAGGCAGAUGUUAAAUAAAGUACACAAAAGUUACAAUGAUCGAUUUUAGGUUCAGCGAGAAGACCGAUAAACUUAGAUGACGAGACGAGAGUUAUAUGGGAAGACAGAAGAGUUAGAUGACGAAACAGGAUAAUUAGAUGACGAGACAGGAGAGUUAGAUGACGAGACAGAAGAGUUAGAUGACGAGACAGGAGAGUUCGAUGACGAUACAGGAUAAUUAGAUGACGAGACAGGAGAGUUAGAUGACGAUACAGGAUAAUUAGAUGACGAGACAGGAGAGUUAGAUGCAGAGACUGGUGUGUUCGAUGAUGAGACCUUUGAGUUGGAUGACAAGACUGAUAUGUUCGAUGAUGAGUUAGAUGACAAGACCGUUUGAGUCCGAUGACACCGAUGUUUGAGGGAUACUUUGUUACAGGAUUCAGUGUGUUGGCAGACAUUCCAUUAGAUUUUAUGAUUGUUUUUGACACGUUGAUUUUUUCUCUUAAGAAUGAAUUAUACGGGAUUGUUUCCAAGAAACUUGUUAUUAUUUGAGUAUAGUGCUUAUAUUAUCGUAGUACAUAAGAUAUAUAUAUAUGUAUGUAGGCGUGUUUGUUAUGUUUAUCACGCUGUAUAUAACGUUCUUGAUUUACGGUAUCCGAGGACACUUUAGCUUGACCUAUCCAGUGUAAGAAUGAUGUCAGCAGACGAAAUCUCGUUCGGGUAAUGUUAGUUGGUCUUUGAGUGAUAACUGGAUAUUCCCUUUUACAUGUUAUUUUGAUUUUAAUUGUUGUUGAUUGUAGAAAGUUCGUACAUACAAAUUAUAUACCUUCAUCCCACAUACCCAGUGAGUACCUUGGACAGGUGUUUGGACUCGUUAUAUCCUGGUCUUAAACAUCUUGCUGUUAAUUACACAAUUUUUCAACUCUGAGUGAUUGUACUUACGAGUCUGAUAACUUAUUUGUAUAAACGUUUCCAAAUUUGUUGAAAUCCAAACACUUUUCUGGUUGGCCCUUGACUACUAAAAUUCUGGCAAAGUUUCGACAAGGAAACCCAGGAUUGGUGGGGCAUCCAAGCACCGACAAACAAAGUUGUGUCAAGGUACUGAUUGAUAAACUGAAGUAACUGGUGACGAGUAUGUUUAUUUAUACUCGUGCUGGUGACGAAUAUAUAGAUAUAUAUAUAUACUCGUGCUGGUGACGAGUAUAUAUUUAUGUAUACUCGUGCUGGUGACGAGUAUAUAUAUACUCGUGCUGGUGACGGGUAUAUAUUUAUGUAUACUCGUGCUGGUGACGGGUAUAUAUUUAUUGAUAUACUUGUGCUGGUGACGAGUAUAUAUUAAUUUGACUUGUAUGAUACAAUGUGAAGUGAACGGAGUGAAUGGUGCAAUAGACUUGUUUGUCGACAGAGUGGUGGUUUUUUCUCGAGGCAGCUCCUGUUUAUUAUUUUAUCAUGUUUUGACAGACAAGCUUGAUUAGUGCUGUGUAUGUUCAGAUGAUGGUUCGGUACUGUAUCAUUACAAAAUGUUUUUCUUUUGCGUUUUUUUAAUUAUGUGAUAUUAUUUAUAUAUGUAAAUAUCCUAGACGUAGAUAUGUAUUUGUCAAAACUUUUCCGUUUUUAUAGAGUUUUAUGCAAACGUUUCUAUUCUGACUCGAAUCAACUUAACUCGAACGACUUGUCAGAAAACGUGAUCCUUUAUUUAGAAUUAUGAGUAAGUUUAAUAACGAGAAACAGAACAAACGAAAUGCGUAUAGUUACAUACAAAUACGUUCUAUAUAGACAUUUAAAAUUCAUAACGUGUUUUUAUUUGAAGAGUUAACACGUUCGAGAGAAGGCUGAUGAGAGUGUGAUAGUAUGACAAGGUAUACAGGAACUCUGUUAAACUGAUCAUACGAUAUCCCCAGGUAAAUCAGUAAUAACAGGUACACAUAAGACUUGUUAGAAGCUAGUUUAUAAGCCUUUUGAUUCCAAUAAUAACAGUCGACAGAAGUCAUGGGACGUUGAAGUAACGGGUGUAUCGACGAAGGCAACAAAACUAGCAAUGUUUGUGUUUCCGAUUCAACUUCGAGAUUCAUUUCCACUGGCCUCUUAAAGAGUAUUGAUGUAAAUAAGCUUAGUCUCUCUACCAUACUGAUUCAUCACGUCAUUGCGUCUGAGACUCUGGGAUCAUAGCAUGGACGUGCGCGUCCUUUAGGAGAGAAUGUAAUUUAUGUCUGUGUGUAAAAGAUAUAGAGUCCUCUUCAUUUCCACAUUAUUCAUUGUACCAUUUUCAUUAAAUAAAGUUUGAAAACUAA